AUGGAUGUGGAUGAAACGAACGCUUGGCUAGAGGAACUUCUUGGGUUCAGGGCUGAUGGCCCCCGUGCCAUGCUGGGGACAUGCUGUGAUGCGGGCCAAAGACCAUCGGCCAGUGAAGGUGAGUUGCACUAUGCUAUGCUUUUGCGGUUGUGUUGGUUGAGUUGGGGGACAUGGACUCGUGUUGCCCUAGCUCUAGGUGAACAAAGCCUGGAGCGCUUCAAGCUGUCAGUGAGAUGCCAACCACGGUUGCAAGAAUUGCUUGUGCUAGGGUUAGGGGCUGACAGAAGGGUGAAGCUGAAGCUGCCUCCCCCAUCCGCCACUGCAAGCAAGAGCCUGCAGUGGUGCAAGCAAAUGGUGCAAAGCAUCCUGGACAAGGGGCCCACUGUUUACAAGAUUGGCAUGACAGGGAACCCCUUGUUGCGAUUUUAUAAGCUGCCCUCUGCGGAAUCUCCUUCCCCCGGUUAUCGCUACGAAAAAGACAAGUUUGAAUUCAUGUACAUUGUUUUUGCGGGGGCGACUUGGGACGAGGCUGGGCUAGUGCCAUGCUGCAAAGUCGUCGGACUUGCCAAAGCCCUGGUCAAAGAUGGUGUGGGUGCCUCACAGAGCCAGCUCAUUGAGGACUUGUCCAAAAUAAAAGAGAAGGAUGCAGAGGGAAAGACUCAUGAUGUACUCUCAAAACAUGCCCUCACCUUGCCAAUCCCCAUACGGGAGAUUUUCGGCAAACCAGAGCUAGAAGGGUUCCCUCGCCUAAAGCCCAUCGACUUCUUACACUACAUGGCAGAGUCGGGUCAUUUGAACAAGCUGCUGGGAGGAAGGUCCAUUGCGGCUAGUGGUAGGAUUCUUCUGCAAUUUUGGCAGAACUUCAAGGGCAUACAUCCAGACUUUGAGCUCUGGGACCUGGUAGAGGACUCUGACAUCAACCUAGCAGAUUGCAUCCCAAUCCAUGCCCACAUGGACGGUGGCCGUGGUUACAAGAAGUCGGAGUUUCUUGUGUUGAACUGGUGUUCCAUUAUUGGGAAUGGCACCGGAAGACAGAACAAGAAGGACCCAGGAGUUCAUAGAUUAAGGAGAAACCCAGACUCCAUGCAAACCAGCCUCCUGGGUCACAGCUUCACAUCCCACUUUCUGUAUGCGGCCAUGCCAGCGCAUUUCCACAAAAAGAACGAGGUUGCAUUUCAUUCAUUGCUGGCUUCUUUCGCAGAAGACCUACGUGAAUGCUUUGAUGAGGGUAUCAUGUGGAAUGGACGCUUGCUUAGACUUGUUUUGGUGGGGCUGAAAGGUGAUGCAAAAAUGCAAACACGUGCGGGUAGGUUCAACAGAAACUCGUCUACUGUGAGGAAAGCUCCAUAUGAUCCCACAAAAGUGAAGCAAUCGCUUGGAAGGUGUUGUUGGCUGUGCCCCGCCGGAGACAUCCAGGCCCCUUUUGAGGAGAUACACCAUGAACAACCUGCCUGGUGGCAAAUGAUGCCGCACUUCUUGGAGCCGCCUUGGGGACCAGGGCAGGAAGGUGGCAUGUUGGAAUCUUCACUCCAAUACACAAUGAACCCUGCAAAGUUCUAUUUGCAUGACCUAUUUCACGUCUACCUUGCUGGUGUGGGACAAGACUUUGCCGCGGCGGCGCUGGUCGCAAUGCUCCCCCACAUGUUCCAAUCUCCCGAUUCAAACUCUGUUGAUGCCCAGAUUUCAGUUCUGAAUGAUGCAUUCAAGGCUUGGAGGAAAAUGUUCCACGUUGGGUGUCACAUCACUGCUUUCAGCAAGACUAUGUUGCACUAUCCUGAUCAAACCAAGCAAUUCCCCACGGGGAUGUGGUCUAAAGCAAGUGAUACCGCCCGAAUUAUCCAGUUCAUUGCCUACGUGUGUAGCCUGUGGCCAGAACUCUGUUCUCAGAACAAGAUGCUGGGUUACAUUGACAUGGCAUCUAGGGCUAUUGGCAAUUCUAUGGUGGGGCUUUACGAUGCAGACUUAUGGAUUGAACCUUUGGUAGAUUCAGCCAACAUUUUUGAUGCCCACUUAGGGUUCUUAAUAACUUAUGGAACAAAACCUUCAACUUCUGUGUGUUUCAACUUUUGCGCUGACCAAGGACCCGCCGCAGACCAGAACCAUCGUACAGAGUGGGAUGUGUUUUUUUGGCUUGCUACAGCAAGCUAG